AUGUGCCACCACCAGUGGCAGCGCGACACUGGCGACGCUGCGCCCCUCGACUCGACGACCUCGCACACCCACCACCACGAGACUGGCGCCGCUGCGGCCGCCGUCACGCCCAAGGAGCACGUCGCGCCCCACCACGAGCCGGGCGCCGUCGCCGCCAAGGAGCCCGUCACGCCCGCCGCUGCUGAGCGGACGUCGUCGACGACCGCUGCCCCGUCGACGACGAUUGACGCCCCGCCCGCCAACGCCGAGCGCACGGCGUCGCUGAACAAGGCCGACUCGCACCGCGACGCCUCGCCGGCACCGACCUCGACGACCGACGCCGCCGCGCCCGACGCGGCUGCGGCCAAGCCGGACGACGGUGAGUACCACGGCGAGCACGCGGGCAAGCUCGGGUACGGACCGCAGGCGCCGAGCGGCGGCGGGCUCCCGGACCGCUUGAAGGCCAUGGAGGAGAAGAUCAAGGGCAAGCUCACGCACAACCCGGAGCUGGUGCAGCAGGCGCACGAGCGCGACACGGGCGAGCUCGCCGAGAAGCGCCGCCAGUACGACGCGUCGCACGACGACGGCGCCUUCAACAAGCCGGCCGAGGACGACGAGCCCAAGCCGGCGGCUGCUGCGACCACCAAGGAGGGCAAGGCCGAGGACGUGCGCGAGAGCGGCCACGCGGCGUCGGCUGACGCGGCGACGGCUGGCACCAAGUCGGCCUGAGCGAGCGAGCGAGUUUGAAGCGCCCUCUCUCUCCAAGUACCGUACAUACCGUCCAUGCAAUACCUCUUGAGUACCCGUC